GCCAAAAAAAAUUCGUGAUAAUUUUUUUUUGCAGGAAAAUGAAAAUUUGAAACCAUAGCCAUAGCCAUAGCCAUAAACCUUCAAAAUCUUUCAAUCUCCAUUCCUAUCUCUAAAACCCCAAGAAUGUUGCAGAUACAGCACUGUUCAUUCUCCAUCUUCCCCGUUCUUCACCCCCAUAAACCCUCAUUUGCUCCAUCCAAUCUCUCCUUCUAUAAAUCCGUGAAGACUCUCCGUCCUGUAAGGGCCCACAAACUUCGGCCGGCGCCGCCGGAACCAUGGCUGGCCCAGGCAGCUCAAGACGACCCCACCACCGCUACUGCGGAUUCACCGCCUCCGGAGGAAGGGCCCAUCGAGCUCCCCUCAUCAGCUCCCGCCAUUUUCGCCUCCUCGGACGACCCUACUCCUAUCCAAACCGCCACUAGUGUCCUCCUCACCGGAGCCAUCACCGUCUUCCUCUUCCGGGCUCUCCGCCGCCGCGCGAAACGUGCCAAAGAAUUGCGGUUUAGGUCAUCUGGAGAGAAGAAAACACUAAAAGAGGAGGCAAUUGAGAGCUUGAAAGCAAUAACGCCGACCCCUAUUGAUGCCAAGGCUCCACCUUCACCUGUUCAGGCACUCUUGGGUGGUUUGACAGCUGGUGUUAUUGCGAUAAUCCUUUACAAAUUCACCACAACUAUCGAGUCCACUCUGAGUCGCCAAACUCUCUCGGAUAAUUUCUCGGUUCGUCAGAUAACAAUAACAAUAAGAACAAUUGUUAAUGGCGUGUGCUACCUUGCAACAUUCGUGUUUGGCCUCAACUCUCUAGGCUUAGUCCUAUACUCUGGCCAGCUUGCCUUAAACUCAUUUUCCGGAGACUCUACAAGUCAAGAAACAAAAAAUGAAAGAAAAACACCACCGGGUUCAGAUGCUGUAGAUAGCAGUGAGGGUAACAGUAGUAAAGAUGAUAUAACUUCAGAUAGUUCGAAAUAACUGAAGGUUAAGUUCUCAUACUGUCUUCCAUGGUCUCCAUUAUUCUGAGCAACAGUGAUUACUUCUUGAUACGUUUUCACUUGCUCACCUAUUUUCUUGAAGGAAUCUUGGUUGGGAAGGGGACAAUAUUCGUGCAAUUCGCAUGAAUUUUUGUCGAGGUUGUACAAUAGUGUCACCAUAGCCACUGAUGCGCAAAACAUUGGGAUUGGACCGAAGAUCCACAUCAGCAAAUUGGUGGCAAAAUACAGUGCCCGUGUUCCAGCUGAGAAGAAAUUGCCUCCUCUUAUCACCGCCCUCACAAUGUAUUUCACCGGUAAGUCACUUUUUGGUGUGGUGAUUAAGAAACUCGCAUGAACAUAGUAUCUCGCAGCUUGCACAAAAGCGCCAAACGCGACUAGGAAGCAGGAGAGCAGAGCUAUGUAUUUGAUGGAAACAAUAGUAGAGCUCGUGUCACCAUAGAUUACACCACUGGUAAGUAUGUUCUUGAAAGAGCUUCCGAACCAAGCUCCAAUUAAGGAGCAGAGAGCUAAGGACAUGGAACACAUGGUAGUUGAUACCGAUAAAUUGGAAUUGAUCACGUUUACAGCUACAGUUCUGUCUUUACCUUCAACCUGCAAAGGUUUAGCCAAAACUUGUGAUUAUCUCUAUACAAAACGAUAUAAACGCUGAAUAAUGAAUAUAUUGUUCGAUUUCUUACCAGCAUCAUUCUCUCCACCCAUGCUUUCUUGUUAUGAUUUUCAUAUCCUAUGACGGUUUCCCCUGGACAUCUCAGGUAUCUAAAAAGGAGGUAGAGAUGAUACCCGAACAUGAUCAGCAAACCAGCCGGGACUAGAAGAAUAUCCAGAUGCUCCUCCUUCCAAGUUAGAUGCAUUCUUCCUGUCUUACUCUUAACCUUUCUUUCUCCUUGUGGUUUCUUGUGUAAAUCACAGACAAGUAGACAACCUAUUUAAGAGUAGUAGUUGUGCCUAGUCUCUCUUACCUUGUCUAACUACACCUAUCAUAUCUCAGGCUUCCAUA